AUGCAAUUGCACCACCUACCUCCAGGAAUCUUUGACAAGAACACACAGCUAAGGUUUCUGUAAGUAACCUCAUUUUUUUUCAAAGUGAUCCGCGCUCUUAGAUUUUUAGUGAUGCAAUGUAAGCGUUAAUAAGAUUAACAACAUUUGCAAAUAUUUCAUUCAUAAUAUGUAUCUGUUUAAUAAAAUAAAUUCACCUAUAAUUAACACUACUAGUCAACUUUCGCACCUGCAGACUGAGAACUCUAAUCUCAGACCAGCUGCACAACAGUUCUAAAGGCCUCCGAUUGCUUUUUGUUGUAGUCGUUGCUUUAGAUUUAUUUAUCAGAUUAUUCGUUUCGCUUCGUAAAUCAAGAAUCAAGUAGCGAUCUCCGUGAGAGCGGUCCAGGGCAUUUCGCAUCGGAAAAAAGUUUUCCCGUAAAUUUAAGCUUUGUCCAAUAAUCUAUCUUUGGUAGCACGUAAAUAAAACAACACCAGUUUCUGGAAAUACGUUAAAAUAAAACUUUUAGAGCUCUUAGAGCUCUUAGAGUCAAAGCUGCUUAAAGUACUUUUUUGUCCUCUUGUGACAAAAGUUGAAUACCCUGGUCCUCGUAUCUCACCGCAUGCAGCAAAAAAUCUUUUAUAUUUUCAAUCUGUGUGAUAUGUAAGGUGUAUAAAAAGCAUUUUAAUUUUGCUAUUCGUUUAUUCAGGGGUUCGUCAUGAUUUAUUUAAGAACACUCGUUAGACAGCUUUCUGAAAUUGGUCAAAAGUACUCUUUCUUUCUUGGUUGAUAUUGCUCAAGUCCAGACCAGAUCAUUGAAAACUCCGCUUGAUUUCUUCUAAUAAGAUGUUUGGCUGUAUAAAAAUAUAAAAACAUCUUGCACUUAUACUUUUAGCGAUUUUGCUAGCGUGACAGCCAAUUAUGCAAAUUAAUUCACUGGGCAAACUCUGACCGUUUUAUAUAAGUAGCUCAAUAAAUCUUAUAUUUUAGCCAUUUUAAGUUGAAAAGAUAGUAGGAAAGAGCUUUUGGACCACACCGAUUGAUACUCUAAACAUUUCAAAGUCCAAAAUUUGACAAAUUUUCCUAUCUCGUGACGAAAGAUAUCAACAACAAUGCAGCGAAUAUCAUAAUUUGAUUAGCGCUCGGUCAACAUUUUAAUGGCAAACUCUUUUCAAAAAAUUUGGCUUCUGCCAUUUCAUAUUUGAGUUCUGACAGCUUACGCUAUUCAAACCUGUAUGAACAUUUCAGAGCCAAACUACAGGAUUCUAUUUAGUGUAACCGGCGAUGACAGCACACACAGAAAUACACCGUGACCAAUGACUCUGUCAAGUAAUUCCGUCGUAUAAUUGUCCUGAACACCUCACGUCUAAAUAAAGCAGCGAUUGCUCGGAUUUCUAGCUGACAGGAACAAAUUAUAUUUGGUGGUCACACCUGUCUGCAUAACAGUCUCUGUUCAUAACUUUGGAGAGUUCUUAUGUAAUGAUCCUGAAUUGCUUCUCCUUUCUAAAUAAGCAGUAGUAACAUCGUCCAUGCAUUGAUAGCCUCGCCGAUGCUGCACAAAAGCCCAGGAUUACACAUUUGGAAUCCCAAGUAGAUUUUUGGGAAAAAUGCUCCUUCCUUAAAAAAUCUGAGUUUGUUCAAAAAGCUGGGGAAGCGUGCCAGCUGGUGUGCGAUGUCAUUGCUCUAAGAGAUGGUAAAGCGUUAUUCCAAGCGGUCGUAGACCAUGGAAAGAAGUGCAAGACAGCUAUUGAUGUUGGACUUCAAACCCUUAUGGUCGCCUAUCAGAAUGCUCCCACAAAUUCACUUAGGACUCAAAUACUGAGUAUUUAUGCUGACAGAUUCUCAGCCAACGAGCUUAAACGCAUACAUCAGCCGUUUGAAAAUCUCUCCGACAGACAGAUAAAGAAGGCAAGAGCACAGGCGAAGAGUGAGGUGCCUACUGAAAAAAUUCCGCGUCACAGAAUCCGUAUACAACAGCGUCAGCUAGACCACUUCUUAGAGUUCACUUUGAGGCCAUAUUACUUUCAAGACGUAGCCUACGGCACUCACACCAUCAAACUUGAGAGUGUUGAAGAGUUUGUCAUGCCUAACAAGUUGCGCACAGUGGCCAAGUACACCAUCAUUAAUCAGUGCAUGGACCAUUGCAAAGAGAAUGGAUUUGAACCGAAAAGUAAAUCCACGAUGUGGUGAGUACUAGAAGUUCAAGAGGCCAAUCAGAGGAAAUCAUUGCGACGUCUAGACGAUACCGCAGCUGAGGGAGCGGAUGGUUUUAAGAAUUUUCUCCAAGUUAUAGACGAACUGGAACGCGUGGGAGCAGUAAAAGGAUUAGUGUAAAGAACUUCGGAUGAGGCGUCAGGAGAGCAAGUUGUAUUUCAAGACUACAUACCGUAAUCAAUGCAAAGAGGACGAUAGGAAAUGUGCCAAUCACUGUAGGGUCUUUGCACCGAGCAAUGCUGGUGAUACUGACUUUCACAGUCAAAGCAUGUUCUGAGAGCAGAGAAACAGGAUCAGUGCAAGCGGCAAAUUCUUGAUUCUUUGAAGGGAGAUGAAGCAUUUAUAGUAGUUGACUGGGCAAUGAAGUUCAUAGCGAUCAAGUUCCAGUAAAAGCAAGCAGAAUGGUUUGCUCAUAGGGGAAUCAGUUGCCAUGUGAGUAGUGUUAACGUUGUUGUAAGACAGGAGAAAAGCCUGGAAGUGACCAGCUAUGUACACUUUCUUAACAACCGUAAACAAGACUGGUUUUCAGUGCUGUCAGUCCUUGAAAAUCUCUUGUCACCAUGAAUUUACAAAGUCCAGGAAUAAAAAAAGCUUUCUAAGAUAAGAUAAACCAGGUUGCUGUCAUAACAGUAAGCUGGUGUCAUCCCCGCGAGAGCUCAGACAUCACCAGGGAAUCGAACUCGUGGGGUACGAUCAUUCUUAGCCGCAAGCUGGAAGGGAUACGUGUGACAGGAUUCUGUGUCCGUUAAAAACGUCAAUCAGGAGAUACUGCAACGAAAGCCAUGAUGUUGUUUCUGCCAAAGACACAAAGACAUCCAUACCGCAUUGAAAGAGAGACCGGUCAGGGAACGACGGCGUCAGUGUGCAUAGUCCAGGAACAGAACUGAACCCUAGAGAUUAACAAGAUUGCCAAUUUCAGCAACUUUGAGUUUACACAAGAGGGCCUGCGCGUUUGGAAAGCGUUCAAUGUUGGGCCUGGAAAGUUUAUUCAAUGGAAUUAAAAUUGCAAUUUGUCCACAGAAAAAGACGGAUCUCGUGGAGGAGACUCCAUUCUUCCCCCCCACUACUGAUUGAUAGUUCCUAUCAAUUCCCUGAGACUGCAGCUGGUUGCAAUGAAGAUUUUAAGACCUAGGCCGACCUUGACCUCCAUAUGAACUUGCUAGUUCAUCAAGUAAGUCCUGUGCCUGCGAGCAUGACUGAAAGUCUUUAUGAAAAAGUGAAAAGGGAGUGGGUUCAUCGCUUUAAGUCAUUGUCAUAGGGGGGUGAAAGUUCGACUGAACUGGUUGCAGUGGCCACAGAACCUUUGAAAAGUGCUUCACAGCUUCCCAUGGGAUGGGCUCUUCAUAAGAGAGGUGCACGUGUACGACUUCCGCAAAACGUCAGGCAGUACUUGACACAGAAAUUUAAUAUUGUACAAGACACUGGCAGAAGACAAGACCCAGAGCAAGUAGCAAAGGACAUGCGCACUGCUUGCACUGUAGAUGGAGAGAGAAUGUUCGAUGAAACAGAGUGGUUAUCCAACAUACAGAUUCAGGGUUUCUUCUCGAGAUUGUGCCUUAAACAGCGAUCUAAAAUAUAACAAGAAUCGGAUGAUACCACAGACGCAGACGACGAAGACGACGACUUAAUAGAGGCACCCGAGUCUGAUGUAGACGAAGAGUGUUUGAGAGAGGCCUGGAAAACAGUAAUGGAUGAGAUAGGACUGAAACAUCCAAUCAUGUUUGAUGUCUAUGAUGUGUGCUCGUUGGAAAGAGAGUGAAGGUUUCCUAACCUCAAAGUCAAGAUACUAAGAGAAAUGUGCAAACAUUUUGAGCUCGCAUUCAAAAUGCGAGAUACAAAGGCAGCACUUCUUGCAAAAAUAGAGGAAAUGAUUUCGGAGUGGAGUUGUUAUGCAGUCUAAUUAUGACGUCCACUGCGACUGCGAUAUCCUUUUUCACAACAACUCUCGAAAGUUAUGAACAGAGACUGUUAUGCAGACAGAUGUGACCACCAAAUAUCAUUUUUUCCUGUCAGCUAGAAAUCCGAGCAAUCGCUGCUCUAUUUAGACGUGAGAGGUAUUCAGGACAAUUAUACGAUGGAAUUUCGUGACGGAGUCACUGGUCACGUUGUAUUUCAGUGUGUGCUGUUAUCGCCGGUUACACUAAAUAGAAUCCUGUAGUUUGGUUCUGAAAUGUUCAUACAGGUUUGAAUAGCGUAAGCUGUCAGAACUCAAAUAUGAAAUAGCAGAAGCCAAGUUUUUCUAAAAGAGUUUGUCAUUAAAAUGUUGACCGAGCGUUAAUCAAAUUAUGAUAUUCGAUGCAUUGUUGUUGACGUCUUUCGUCACGAGAUAGUAAAAUUUGUCAAAUUCUGGCCUUUUAAAAUUUUAAGAGUAUCAAUCGGCGUAGUCUGAAAGCUCUUUCAUACUAUCUUUUCAACUUAAAAUGGUUAAAAUCUAAGAUUUAUUAAGCUACUUCUAUAAAACGGUCGGAGUUUGCUCAAUGCAUAAUCGGCUGUCACUCUAGCAAAAUCGCUAAAAGUUUGAAGUCACCACGGCGAAGAAAAUUAAUAAAUGCAAGAUUUUUUAAUAUUUUUCUGCAGCCAAACAUCUUAUAAGAAGAAAUCAAGCAGAGUUUUCAAUGGUCAGGUCUGGAUUUAAGCAAUAUCAACCGAGAAAGAAUGAGUACUUUUGACCAAUUUCAGAAAGCUGUCUAACGAGUGUUUUUAAAUAAAUUAUGACGAACUUCUGAAAAAACGAAUAUCAAAAUUGAAAUGCUUUUUAAAUACCAGACAUAUCACACAGUUUAAAAAUACAAAGGAUUUUUUUCUACAUGCCUUGUGAUACGAAGACCAGGCUAUUCAACUUUUGAAAUUUUCGAUGUCGAAAGAGGUCAAAAAAAGGCCUUUUGCAGCUUUGACCUUUGAGAGCUCUAAAAGUUUUAUUUUAACGUAUUUCCAGAAAAUAAUGUGGUUUUAUUUACUUGCUACCAAAGAUAGUUUAUUGGGAAAAGUUUGAGGGAAAACUUUUUUUCCAAUGCAAAAUGCCCUGGACUGCUCUUACGGAGAUCGCCACUUAAUAUAUCAAGCAUCAUGAAGAUCAUACAUCGACUGUUGCAUUCUGCAUCUUUGUCCAGGACUGACCGUUUAUGAGAUCUCAAUCUCUGUAUAACAGGCAUCAAGAAGUGCCUUCAUUAAAUAAAAAGAUCAUUCCAAUUUCCAUCGUUAACAAAUUUCCAUAUCUAUGUCAUAUUAAAUUAGAAUCUUAUGUUGUAAAAUUGGUAAACGGUGAAGUUAGCACAAACAACUCUUUGCUCAAUGACACAGAUGCCGACUUUUGCUCACAAGUCAUAGGAACCGUAACUAUCUUCGAAAACAGCCCUGAAAGGUUUCAGUAGUACCCCUAUCUAAGCAGAUAAACUUCUGGUGGAUCUUUAAACUAAUUGUCAGUUUUAUAUGGUAAAUAACGCAGACGCCUGAAUGACAACGACAUGAAAGGGUUGAGUGGAAGUGCCUUCAAAAACUUGACAAUGCUAAAGGAACUGUAAGUUAAUUUACUGUUGUGGAAGGAAAACUGUUUUUGUAACGCAGCAGCAUUCCCCUCUCUUACUGCCUUGUUUAUACUUGUUUUUCCAAUUAACGUUUUUCCUUUCUCUUUUCUUCCCUUCCCCUCAGUGAUCAAAAGACAAGUCAGUAAAUAACUGUUUUAAUAAAACUAAACAUAUUUUUUUACAUACAGGUCACAUAUAAAUAUUUUUUAAUUUCAACACAGAUGGUUGCAAGACAACAACUUCACUGAAUUGCCCCCUAAUUUAUUCCAAGAUCUAAAAAACUUGAAAGAACUGUAAGUUAUUUCAUACAAAGCUUUCUCCUUGUUUUAACUCAAUAACUACAUAAAGUGUUCCAACACUUAGUAAAAUUUACCUCUCUUUUAUUAAAUCACUGCUAGAGUAUUUUAACACAGAUUCUGUCAGUAUCAAACUUUUCUUCCCUUUCCCUAAUAAGAGCAUAUAGAAAGAAAAUAGAAAUAAAAUGUUUUCCAGUUGCAAAUUUUAAAAUAUUUCCGUCUGCACUUACAACACAUUUUAAAAUUGAACCAUCUGAGAUUUUGUGUUUGUUGCUGAAUUGACAUUUCAGUGACAACGAUCAUACAUACAACAAUGAAAUUCGUGCAUGUUAUGAAUAUCAGAGUUGUUUUCAUGGGUUAUCUUUCUCCGUUUUGAACCAUGUUGGCAUAUUUUCUUAGAUCACGAGCUUAAAGAUUUCAUUAUUGAUCCACGAGAGGCAGCCAUUGCCUUUGUUGGGGAAAAGAGUUCAGUGUGCACGCAGAUUUCAAGUUUUCAGCGGCCUUCAAUUGCUUUUUGUUAUAAAUAUUGACCAAACUACAUGAAUGAAGUGACUCUUGAAUGUUCUCUGUACUAUAAGACAAAAAAUUGCAUGUGUACGACUGCGAACUGCUCUUUGUUCUUUGGUUGUUUCUGAUGACCAGAAUCUUAAUGUAUUUUUGCUUAUAAAUUUCAGAUCGCAGACUUAAUGAAAAUUUAUUAUCUUGUCUCGUCAUUUCUAUCAGCUAUCUGUCAAAUAACAAGUUGAAGAGUCUACCAGACAGACUUUUCAACAGCCUUUCCAAGCUGACAUAUCUGUAAGUGAGCUAAUUAUUUAACCAAGGAGAUAACUGGAUAAAAUCAAGUGAUCAUUUUUAAAAUAUUCUUUCCAAAAGCACAGCCGUCAUAGCUGAAACACCAUGAAGUUUUCCUGCUCGUAUUUGCAAAUCUUAAUUGAAUUAGACGAUGCUAUCUUAUCUAUUUGUUGUGCUUUGGUUAGUAAUGUUAAGUUACUUUAAGAUGUAAGAAUUUAAUAGCUUCUGUUUAAAUAGCAACCUUAACAAUUCUCAGAUUUCAGUUGGUAGCUCUAACAUAAGCAAAAUCUUUGUAACUGUGUAAUAAUUGUUUUCAGGGAUUUAUCAAACAAUGAACUUGAAAAUCUGCCAGCGUAUGCUUUCAGAAACAUUAGAGCGGUAAAAUUUCUGUAAGUAAGAUUGAUAUCGGCCCAAAAUAUUAAAAAUUGUUUCAAAGGAUUUUCUUGAAAAUAUCAGCACUUGGUGACUAUAACAGCUUCUUAGUGAAUGACAACUUACAUUGUAAUUUACUUCUGGAAUGCAAAGGUUUUUUUUUGUUUCCUUUUUAUCCGAGUAAACAAUAUCUAAGAAUUUGUUGUAUUGCCAGAUCAAACUACCUUAGCACUAAUUUUGUAAUUUGUAACAGAGAGUGAACUUGAGAGUUUUCGCGCUUAAUCUUGAGAUCAUUAUAGAUAUGUCUGUGUUCUUUGAAGAUUAAGAUGUAGACAUUGGGAGCUAUUUUACUGGAAAACGUUGCCAUUCCCUGCCUUAACCACAAACGUUGCUUAAAAAAAAAAGUAGGGCUAAAGAUAUCACUACCACAUGAGCACAUUUCAGUCUAAACUGCACAUGAUGCUUUCUUCAGGAAAGUGGAGUACAACAAAAUUGAGAAGCUUCAUGAAGAUCAGUUCCAAGGCUUGGUGGAGCUAUUAGAUUUGUAAGUGCAUUUAGAGUUUAAACCGUUUUCCAUAAUGAUCUGAAUCUCAAACCGUAUACAGUUAUAUUAUUUUACUGUUAACUCCGUUAUUUCUCAAAUAAAAUUUGCCUUACCCAAUCAUAUUAUGUUACUGCAUUUUAAUAUUUAUUUCAUUAUCCGUUUCACCUUUUUAAGAUAUCUGUCGGAGAACAAAAUCGAGGCUCUGCCUGAUAAAAUUUUCAAGGGUGUUAAAAAGCUCAGAUCUCUGUGAGUACAGUUAACCACAUACAAAACUUCAAGAAUAUUUGAAGUGAUAGAAUGAAUAUGAUAUCAGCGUUCAAAAUCUGAGAUUUCAGUUAACAAAUUUAACAUGAUGUAGGACAGACGUGGUGCAAGUCAUCUGGCUUAACAAAGCAAUGUUUUAUACAUAUAUAUAUAUAUAUUGCACUAAAAAUGUGCUUUUAUAUAACAUUCUUUUGGUGCGUCAAGUUGGAUAUUAUAAAAAACGGAAACAAACAUCAUGAAGAUCUAUGUAGUCUUACCUAGAAUUCCAGGUGAAUUUAUUAGGAUGAGGAAUAUGACAACUGCAAGCCCCGUUUAGGUGUUAAUUGUAAAUUAUUACGUUCUUCCUUUUAGCAAUAUCUUCGGCAAUAGGAUACAAAACGUUACUAGCACGACUUUCAACUACGCCCACGAAUUGCGAUUUUUGUAAGUUCACUGCAAAUGACAGAUGUUCAUCUAGGCAACAAAACUUUGUUGCAUAUAUUGAAAUCGGAUAACACGUAGGCGAGUAUUCUUGUGAUUUUGUUUUGUCAAAGAAAAGACCCGUGCAUGGUGAUUUUGGAAAAUAACAAAUAUACCAAAGCAAUUUUUCACUGGAUGAGUCCGGAAAGAGACUUUUAUACAGCGAACGAACUCAACCGAAUGGGCUGCCAAGUCCAUAAAAUCAUUAGCCAUCAAAAAUUUCCAAAAAAGCAAGACGAGACUUAUCUUAGGCUAAAUGAUAAAUUUUGGAAAAAAUCUUUGAGAAAAUCUCAAGCUAGGGUCCGUACUGAAGAUCCUCAGCUAGGAUUCUUGAUUUUGUCUUUUUGGACAGUCUAUUUGAACAUUAACAUUAGCUCAAUGAAUCUUAUUAUUGAAAUUCAUUUUUUUAGGUUAUUUAUUAUAUAAACCAACCUAAUAUUCACAUCAUGAUUACUUGAAAUUACAGGUUCAUGCAUUACAACCUGAUGGCUGAACUUCCUAAAGGCUUUUUCAAGCAUUUGACGCACAUCAUUAGAGUGUAAGAUUCCAUAACGAUCCUUUCCUUCACUCCCCCUUCAAAAGAUCAUUUUAAUAAUAGUCUAUGUUAUUAAUCAAUUAAUGAUUAUUGAUGGAUUUCAACGAUGCAAUUAUAAAGUGUUAUUUCUUCUUUUUUUUCUUUUUUUUUCGAAUCCCAGAACCUUGGACACCAACCUGAUGUGCUGCCAUCUCGAUCUUUUCAGGCAGGAUGCUGAUUGCGAAUACUCCUUCAAUGACAACUUCGCAAGCUGCCACUCCAUGUUCCGCCACCAUGCUCCAAGGAGAACUCUUUGGAUUGUCGGUCUUCUCUCGUUACUAGGGUCUUUAUUCGUAGUUGGGUGGCAGUAUUUCUACACUGAUAACAAUGUGGUCCAGUCUAUCAUGUUGGUGAAUCUGGGUGUAUCUGACGGCAUCAUGGGUAUAUACCUUAUCAUUAUAGGCAUAAAAGACCUGCAAUGGUCAGGGGAAUACUACCUGCAUGACUAUGAGUGGCGAACCGGUUGGUUUUGCCAUUUCAACGGUGCCAUGUCUGUCUUUUCAAGUGAAGUGUCAGUGAUGAUGAUUUCUCUGAUCGCAUGGGACAGACUCAAAAACAUCGUGUUUCCUUACACCUUUGCAAAAAUUACCCCAAGGCAGACCCGUAUAAUGUGUGUAGUUAUCUGGCUGGUGGGAGGCGUCAUGGCAUUCCUUCCCUUGUCUGGAAUACACUAUUUCAGUGAGAGGUAUUACGGUAAUAAUGUAGUGUGCCUGCCCCUGCAGCUUUCCCCUGAAUUACAAGAAGGCUGGGAAUACUCCACUUCCAUCUUUAUCGUUUUGAAUUUUUCCCUAUUCAUCUUCAUCACGGUUGCUUAUAUUGCCAUAUUGUGGAAAUCAUGGUCGUCAAGCAGACGGCUUGGUGCAUAUGGAACUGUUCGUGAAACACGAGCAAGAGCACAAAGUGCACAGGCUAAAAGAGAAAGAGCACUUGCCAAAAGAGUCUUCUUCAUUAUUCUGACCGAUUUCUUGUGUUGGAUGCCAAUCAUUGCUAUCGGCAUUCGGUCCCACGUCGAGAAAACAUUUGACCCCCCUGGUGAUCUGGCAGUAUGGAUUGCAGUGUUCGCUCUGCCGAUCAAUUCAGCUAUCAACCCAUUGCUGUAUACACUUUCUACCCCACAGGUAACAUGUGUUUUUUUGUUGUUACUUUGGAAUAGCACCUACCGUUAUGUUCAAAUUUGCUCUCGUGUCAGAGCGGGCUGGCAACUUAAUUUGUAAUUGUAACGAUUGACAUACAAAACAAGUGUGAAAAACGUAAAUGACCGGACGGAUUUUGUCAGCUUCUCCACCGUUGACUUUAACCAUAAAGACCAACGUGACUUCUUAAUACGUUACUUGAAAGUCUUUACGUAAACCGUCCAAUAUAUUUUGAAUGUCUAGGUGCAGGCUGUGUUGAAACCAAAACUGAGGAAGCUGUGGUCCAAUGUUCGAUCUAUUUUUAGCAGAGGACAAAAUCAAGAAGGUACAGUUUUAAGAUCCAUUCAAAAAUACCAUGAUAACAACAAUUAUAUUCCAAACCUUGAAAUGAACAAGCUUUUAUCACAUUGAGUAUUAGCAACCCAGUUUUCUCUAAGUUACUUAUGUCAUUUUUACUCUCAAGGCUUUCAAGAGGGAAGAGGGUGGAACUGGUAUGAAAUCGUAGAAAACUGAUGUAUUUUUUUAAAUUUUUUCGAAUAAGAAACUGAGCAAAUUAUUGAAACCAAAGAGGUACAACUGACAAUAUGUAAAGUUGUGGCAGACGUAGAAGAGAAAACAAGAGUGAUUCUAAACAGAGAGAGGAUCAAUGUAUUAAAUCAUUUAAAUCAUAGAGUUCAACGAAAGCAAAAACGCGAUUAGAAAUCAUGCUUUCAGCUCGAUUUUUGAAGGUUUGUAUCUCUACAGCCAUGUAUUAGGAACAUUGAGACAAAUGGUUGCCAUUUGGGACAAAAUUUUUCAAAUAAGAUGCUGGCCAAAACUCACUCCGCUGCAAACAAUUCUCAAAAAAUAAAUGGCUAUACAGCUGUCUUAAAUUAUAAGGUAAAGAUACAUUCCGAAUGUAGGACUUUUUUUUUUCUUUGGAUAAACCUGACAAUGGCCAAUAAUUUUUUGUUGAUGUUACUCUUUCAUAUAAAAGAAGCAGAAAAUGAUCAACAGGGACAGACUGGAAAUGGAGAUGAACAUGCUAACGUCAAAGAGGGUAAAAAUAGAGUGCUUCUUAGUAUAGUCACAUACGAAAUAACUUCUCCACGCCUCUUUUCUAUACUUAAUUCCUUUUUUUCAUUUUCUUCCCUGUAGGAGAGCACAUUGAAAUGCAGGUAUUGGAACACAACGAAAUCCCAGAAGUGGAAGCCCCUGAAUUGCCUGCACCGCAGCCAGGUCAUUUAAUAAAUAUAGGAGUUUUGAUGCUAACGAUAAAGCUGUAAUUGACUUUGCAAUCCAACUCUCUUGGCGGGCAUGUAUAUUCUAAUUAAUUAACCUAGCAAAUAUUAGCUCUCUCAAAUUAAAAUACCUAUAGAAACUACAGCAUUCCUUUUCUGCUCUGAUAAUUUCUGUUGGAGCAUUUUGAGAAAGGAUAGAUUGAGGAAUGGUUUCCCAUGUGACAAUAAUGGGAUGAAAUUAGGUUAUUUUACUUUUGGUUGAUAAGUUACCUCCCGAUGUUCUGGUGAUAAAUUGCCUUAUGUACUUUUAAGACCUCCACUCAUGAGAUCCCCAUUCCUUUACAAUAAUAAUCUGUUACGGAAUAUUAUGGAAGGAAGAUACCAUCGUCCUCCAUAUGACACGGUUGUAGUAAAUAAAUGAUACGUAUAUGUUGACAAUGAUCAUUCAUUGUUUCCAGUUUUCAAUUAUAUUGUAUGAAGAAUAACUUAAAGAUAACAAUUUGCUCUGUUGACAGUAAUUGAACAAGCCUGUAGAGGGGAAGCGAAUCCAUCUUCCUCAGGUAAAAAAAUAUUUAUGAACGGAAUAUAA